UUGGUCAGAUUCAGGCGCCGGUCCAAACCUCAACAAUCAACAUGCAUAUUGAAGAAGCGUCAAUUCUUUCGCGAGCCGCCAUUUUGAGCUACGCUCAUAGGCGCUUUAAUUUAUCGGCAAAUUUAUCUAGCCGCAUCGCGGCAAUCCCUCGUUUAAUUUACUCAGGGACUGAUGAGAUAAGUUCAAAAUGUUCCUGUACAACUUGACUCUCCAAGGCUCAACAGCCAUUACUCAUGCGGUGCAUGGUAAUUUCUCUGGAACAAAACAACAAGAGAUAGUAAUAUCUCGUGGGAAAACAUUAGAGCUUCUUCGCCCAGAUCCUAACACCGGGAAAGUGCAUACCUUGAUGAAAGUAGAAAUAUUCGGUGUCAUAAGAUCUAUGAUGGCGUUUCGACUCACUGGCGGCACAAAAGAUUACAUUGUCAUUGGUUCAGAUUCUGGUCGAAUAGUGAUAUUAGAGUAUAUACCAGCUAAAAAUAUACUGGAGAAGGUGCAUCAAGAAACCUUUGGCAAAUCGGGAUGUAGACGAAUUGUACCAGGACAGUAUCUAGCUAUUGAUCCCAAAGGAAGAGCAGUUAUGAUUGGUGCUAUCGAAAAACAAAAAUUAGUUUACAUUUUGAACAGAGAUGCUGAAGCGAGAUUAACUAUAUCUUCUCCUUUGGAAGCACACAAGUCUAACACAUUAGUAUAUCACAUGGUUGGAGUUGAUGUUGGAUUUGAAAAUCCAAUGUUUGCAUGCUUGGAAAUUGAUUAUGAAGAAGCUGAUUCCGAUCCUACUGGUGAAGCAGCUCAAAAAACACAACAAACAUUAACAUUCUACGAACUUGACUUGGGUCUCAACCAUGUAGUAAGAAAAUAUUCUGAACCCUUGGAAGAACAUGCAAACUUCCUUAUCACAGUUCCCGGUGGCAAUGAUGGACCUUCAGGAGUAUUGAUUUGUUCAGAAAAUUAUUUGACUUACAAGAAUUUGGGAGACCAGCAUGAUAUCAGAUGCCCUAUUCCGAGAAGACGUAAUGAUUUAGAUGACCCAGAGAGGGGAAUGAUUUUUGUGUGUUCGGCAACACACAAGACAAAAUCCAUGUUUUUCUUUUUGGCACAGACUGAACAGGGUGAUAUUUUUAAAAUCACCAUAGAAACUGAUGAAGACAUGGUCACUGAAAUCAAACUCAAAUAUUUUGAUACAGUACCAGUAGCCACAUCUAUGUGUGUCUUGAAAACUGGGUUCUUGUUUGUUGCAUGUGAAUUUGGCAACCAUUACUUGUACCAAAUUGCACAUUUGGGUGAUGAAGAUGAUGAGCCAGAGUUCAGCUCUGCAAUGCCUUUGGAAGAGGGCGAUACAUUUUUCUUUGCCCCAAGACCACUAAGAAAUUUAGUGCUUGUUGAUGAAUUGGAUUCACUUUCACCCAUAUUAGCUUCUCAAGUGGCAGACCUAACUGGUGAAGAUACUCCUCAAGUAUAUCUUGCGUGUGGAAGAGGCCCCAGAUCAUCUUUAAGGGCCUUAAGACAUGGAUUAGAAGUUGCAGAAAUGGCUGUUUCAGAAUUGCCGGGUUCACCCAAUGCAGUAUGGACUGUCCGCAGGCAUAAAGAUGACGAAUAUGACUCUUACAUCAUUGUAUCGUUCGUUAAUGCUACGCUUGUGCUCUCUAUUGGUGAAACAGUUGAAGAAGUGACAGAUUCUGGCUUUCUCGGAACAACCCCCACAUUGAGUUGCCAUGCUCUAGGCAGCGAUGCCUUAGUGCAAGUGUACCCUGAUGGUAUUCGUCACAUACGCGCAGACAAGCGUGUGAACGAAUGGAAGGCGCCUGGCAAAAAGUCGAUCGUAAAAUGUGCCGUAAAUCAAAGACAAGUAGUAAUCGCUUUAACUGGCGGUGAAUUGGUUUACUUUGAAAUGGACCCCACUGGACAACUCAAUGAAUAUACUGAAAGAAAGAAGUUAUCAUCAGAUGUAUCUUGUAUGGCACUGGGAUCUGUUGCAACUGGCGAGCAAAGAGCUUGGUUCUUGGCUGUGGGCUUGAGUGAUAACACUGUCAGAAUUAUUUCAUUGGAUCCAGCUGAUUGUCUUUCACCAAGAUCUAUGCAAGCUUUGCCAGCCAGUCCAGAGUCACUAUGUAUUGUAGAUCAGCCUUUUGAAUCGGGCGCUAAAUCUGCAUUACAUUUGAACAUUGGACUGAGCAAUGGUGUAUUGUUAAGAACAACGUUGGAUUCUGUUAGUGGCGAUUUAGCAGACACUAGAACGAGGUACUUAGGAUCACGGCCAGUAAAACUGUUCAAAGUGAGAGUACAGUCUGCAGAAGCUGUACUUGCUGUAUCAUCAAGAACAUGGCUUGGAUAUCAAUAUCAAAAUAGAUUUCAUCUCACACCACUUUCCUAUGAAUGCUUGGAAUAUGCAGCAGGAUUCAGUUCAGAACAGUGUACGGAGGGUAUUGUAGCGAUUUCAUCUAACACUUUGAGAAUUUUGGCCCUGGAAAAGUUGGGUGCAGUUUUCAAUCAGAACUAUGUACCCCUUGAGUAUACGCCGAGAAAAUUCAUUGUCAACCCGGACACAAAUCACAUCAUAAUCUUGGAGACUGAUCACAAUUCAUAUACAGAAGAAAUGAAAAAGCAAAGAAGGGUACAAAUGGCGCAAGAAAUGCGAGAAGCAGCUGCUGGCGGUGGUCCUGAAGAACAACAGCUAGCUAAUGAAAUGGCAGAUGCAUUUUUAUCUGAUGUUUUGCCAGAAAACAUAUUUUCAUCACCUAAAGCUGGAGCAGGUAUGUGGGCGUCCCAAAUCCGCGUGGUGGACAUGGGCACGAGCGGCGGCGGCGCGAGCACGCUGUGCCGCGUGCCGCUGGAGCAGAACGAGGCGGCCGUGUCGCUGUGCGCGCUGCGCUGGGCCGCGCACGGCGACCACGCGCUCACGCACCUCGUGGUGGGCGUGGCGCGGGACGCCGUGCUCUCGCCGCGCUCCUGCACCGAGGGCAGCCUGCACGUGUAUAAGAUGUACAACACAGGAAAAUUAGAAUUGGUCCACAAAACUCCAAUUGAUGAAUAUCCUGGAGCACUGGCCGCAUUCAACGGUCGUCUCUUAGCUGGUGUCGGUCGCAUGCUCCGACUGUACGACAUUGGCAGGAGAAAGCUAUUGCGGAAAUGCGAAAACAGACACAUUCCAAACCUCAUUGCAGACAUCAAAACUAUAAGACAUAGGAUUUUCGUGUCUGAUGUUCAAGAAUCUAUAUUCUGUGUGAAAUACAAAAAGAGAGAGAACCAACUGAUUAUAUUUGCAGAUGAUACAAAUCCUAGAUGGAUCACAAAUACGUGUAUUUUAGAUUACGACACAAUAGCUAUGUCUGACAAGUUUGGAAAUAUUGCUAUUAUGAGACUGCCCCAAUCUGUAACAGAUGAUGUUGAUGAAGACCCUACAGGCAACAAAGCAUUAUGGGACAGAGGUCUAUUAAACGGAGCAUCACAAAAAGGAGACAUGGUGGUCAACUUCCAUGUUGGAGAAACAAUAACUUCAUUACAAAGAGCCACUUUGAUUCCUGGAGGUUCUGAAGCAUUAUUAUAUGCAACUGUUAGUGGAUCUUUGGGAGUCUUGUUACCAUUCACGUCGAGGGAAGACCACGACUUCUUCCAACACUUGGAGAUGCACAUGAGAAGCGAGAAUCCGCCGCUGUGUGGCAGAGAUCACUUGUCAUUCAGGAGCUAUUAUUAUCCGGUUAAGAACGUAAUUGACGGCGAUUUAUGUGAGCAAUUCAACUCGCUCGAGACGGCCAAGCAAAAGGCGAUAGCGGGCGACUUGGAGAGAACUCCCGCAGAAGUGUCUAAGAAACUAGAAGAUAUUAGAACUAGAUACGCCUUUUAAGUAUUUCUGUGUGGUUAUUUAAGGUUAUUUCAUAAGAAAAUAAAAAUAAGACCAAGUAA